AUGAAACGUAAUUUUACAUCACCUGAAAAUCAAGAUAAUAAACAAUCAAAAAUGUCCUCGUCACCGCAAUUUGAUACGACCUCAAUUACAACUGAUGCAUCGGAUGUAAUUGGUUUACAAUU